UAUAUAUAAUAAAUAAAUAAAUAAUGAGAUAGAUAGUAGUUAAAUCUACAAAAUGAAGUUUUUAGUUAUACAGGAAAGACGGGCACUCUGUCUAACAGGUGGUUGAAGGGGAGAAAGAGGAAGUUUAAGACGAGAGGAGGAGCAGCGGGGGAAGCAUGGCCAGUGAAAACAGACACACACAACCAGACUUCUAUAAUUCUUCUAGAUAUAACCUCAUGGCAGUCGUUGGCACCUGCGGGCGCUCUCACAGCGGGACUGGGGACACUACAGAUGAAAACAAUGACGAAAGGGGGAGAUGCUACAAGGUUCUGCAAUAUCGGAAGUGGGAGAGGGUCCAAGCAUAGACUUUGACCUGUGCGCUUCCGUGAUGCAGUACAAAUACCAAAUGUAUCGUGUGCAGCAAACUAGGAAGCCUCAGCCAAAUGAGAGAGGGGACGAAGGGCCCAGAGGUCAACAGAGGGGGACGCCUUCAUCGGCCGCAAGCGAGGUAUCCAAGUAUGCGAGUAGUUUGUAGAGAAUUUGGCUUGCCCUAUUUGGCACCCACACGCCCCUAUUGGACACCUGGAGCUGCUUGGAUGGGGUGUUUUACCACAACUUUGCCAAAGCACAGUGAAGUACCAAGGAAUUUGUGGCUUCCAAGCUCUCCUUGGGAACUUAAUGUUACUGGGGGGGAACAAUUUAUCAAGAUCCAGUCGGAGAGGUGCAUUGUCAGGAGCGAGGGUGGUAAUGAACUGAUUGGUUAUUCUCAAAUUGGGGGAACUUGGUGGCAGUGUCCCACAAUGCACCCUGAUUUGGCCGGGACAAUAUUUCAACACCCGGUAAUUAAAAAACCAACGACUGAUGUUUGUAAUGAAGUCUGGUUGUACAAAGCCUGUAAAUGGAGGUAUUAUGGUGGGUUCGGUGAGCCUGAUUACUGUACUUCGGCACAUCCAGAUUAUAACGGUAUUAUUUGGAGCGAUACUCAAGCCAUGCAAGAAAAUUCUCCCGAACUGCUUAGCAUGCUGCGGACGAGCAAUUAUAACUCGAUUGCGGCCUAUAAUAGGCAAUUUGGUACAGGGAAUAGGCGUUACAUGUUAAAUGAAUGCAUAGUUCAAUACACAUGUACACAGUUAGUAAAAAUAGCUAAUGAGGCAAUGGCUCAGAUUGCCUCCCAGUGCUUUAACGGAUGGGCAGCCUAUUUCUGUCCAGAAAUCUUCUAUCCUAGAACAAUGGACCCAAACCUGUUGGCGCCUGCGCGGAUGGAAGAGGAGGGGCCCAAGUCAGCUGCACACAACAUCCAGAACAUCCCGCCCAGCACAUCGUCCUGGGACACCCGCCAAAACCUUCACAGGGGGAUGUCGUGAACCCCCCCUCGGCCACAGGAGAGCUCACCCGGGUGGGGUAAAAAGAUGAAGGUUUUGGCGUAAAUUCCAUUGAAGGGCCCCUGACAUUCAGAUGAAGAUGUUCAUAAUGCUUUAUUUUAGUAAAUGGAAAACUGUUGGAGCAUUACAGAUUAAGAGUGAUUAAUUUAGAUGAUAGAGGUAUUUUUGUGACCUAUGUUAGCCUAAGAUACUUGUUUUGUUUCGUUUUAAUCUGAUUAGUUUCUUUUACUUUGAUUUGUUUAAAUUCUUUCAACUUAAUUUCUAGGUUUGGGUUGUUUUGCAUUAAUUUUUGUAACCAUUAUGUUUGUGUAAGGACUUUCUGUUCUUUUGACAGUUGACCUUUAUUUGACACUGAUGUACGAAACCUAUAUGUUAUGCGGCGCAUGGGAGGCCUGUAAACAAUGCGGGUGCGAGCUUCCUGCUCCUUCGACAAAGCGAGGUGGCAGUAACUUCACACCUGGCUGGGGGAGGACCGUUGGGGGCUAGAAUGGUGAAGACUGUGGUUUCUGAAAAGUGUUGCCUGUACUUGGAAAUGUGUUCUAUAUGUGACGUAUUGAUCACUUUGCAUGUACCUGG